AGUCUCAGUUUUGGGCGUUGAACUCACUAGGGUUUAGCAGCCUUCUUCUUUCUCGGUACACACUACCUCAAUUCAGAAACCUGCACUGAAAAAUUUUUCCUUUGUUCUUGGGAAAUAAGUUAUUCAUGGGUGUGAUUGAUAUCUACAACAUUGCUUCUCUUUCUUUGAUCAAACCCAAUACCAAUAUUCACCAAUUUGGAAAUUCUCAAAGACCCAUUUGCUCAUUUGAAGGAAAUCCUAGAAGGGUCAUAACCAUGGCCUCUUCCACCAUUCCUGUAGAGCAAGUCAGCCAGGGUAAGCAGCGGUUGACUGGUGAUUCUUUUAUUCGACCGCAUUUGAGGAAAUUGUCUCCUUAUGAGCCCAUAUUGCCUUUUGAGGUUUUGUCAGAAAAACUUGGAAGAAAGCCUGAGGAUAUAAUCAAAUUAGAUGCAAAUGAAAAUCCUUAUGGUCCACCUCCAGAGGUUCUUGAAGCUUUGGGCUCUAUGAAGUUCCCCUAUAUCUAUCCUGAUCCAGAAUCCCGCCAAUUGCGUGCUGCGCUUGCCAAAGAUUCAGGGAUUGAAUCUGAAUAUAUUCUUGUGGGCUGUGGUUGUGAUGAGCUUAUUGAUUUGAUAAUGAGAUGUGUACUGGAUCCUGGUGAUAAGAUCUUGGACUGCCCUCCCACCUUCACUAUGUAUGAAUUCGAUGCUGGUGUUAAUGCGGCAGAGGUGGUCAAAGUUCCAAGGAAGCCAGACUUCGGCCUGGAUGUAGAACUCAUUGCUGAUGUUGUUGAGCAAGAAAAACCAAAAUGCAUAUUUCUAACUUCCCCAAACAAUCCUGAUGGAAGCAUCAUCAGUGAUGAGGUUCUCUUGAAGAUCCUUGACAUGCCAAUAUUGGUGGUGCUGGAUGAGGCAUACAUUGAGUUUUCUGGAGUCAAAUCCAAGAUGAAAUGGGUGAAGCAGUAUGACAACUUAAUUGUUCUUCGAACAUUUAGCAAAAGAGCUGGUUUGGCUGGCAUCCGUGUUGGGUAUGGAGCGUUUCCAUUGAGCAUAAUUGAGUAUCUCUGGAGAGCAAAGCAACCGUAUAAUGUCUCUGUUGCUGCUGAAAUUGCUGCUUGCUCUGCAUUGCAGAAUCCAACAUAUCUAGAGGAGGUGAAAGAGGCUUUGGUAAAUGAACGGGAUAGGCUUUUUAGACUUCUAAAGGAAGUACCAUUCCUGAAUCCAUAUCCAAGCUAUUCUAAUUUCAUUCUUUGUGAGGUAACAUCUGGAGUGGAUGCGAAGAAGUUAAAGGAUGACCUUGCGCAGAUGGGCGUCAUGGUCCGUCACUAUAACAAAAAGGAACUGAAGGGCUACAUUCGUGUGACUGCUGGGAAGCCUGAGCAAUCGGAUGUCUUGAUGGAGUGCCUCAAGCGCCUAUAUUGAAUAUACCAUGCUGCUGAGGCAUGUAAACUUUCCAAGUAGGAGAUUCAAUUCAGUUUAUCUAAAUUGUUGUUCUCCUGAAAUGCUUGAAUUUAGAUGCUUGAUGAUGAUUCCUUUUCAUCAAUUCACCCUUUUCUUAACUUUAAGAUUGUCAAACAUUACCUUUUACUUUAGAAGAUCGUUUGAUUGGACUCUCGGAACAUCUAUGCUUCUGUCAAAUGUUACAUUUCCAUGGUAAAGAAAUGAAGAUGCCUUUUACUAGUGAUUGCAACAUUUGGUUUCUGAGGAACUACCUAGGCUGCAAGCAUGCUUUUCCACUAAAAUGAAGAGAAGUGCAUAUUUGAGCUGUUAUGCCAAAUAUUAAUUCAUAUUUUCCUUUACAAAUUGAGUCCUACUCUCACCUUCUGCUAAAUUUCAUGUGUUGAAUCGAUUGAAGGUUGGUCAAGGAGAUAUAAAUCUUGAGAUGGUGAUCCUUUCCCUUCUAUUCUCCAUGAUGUUCUAUCCAGUUCUGAUCAAGGACUGAUUCUAUGGAAAGUUUCCUCAGUUGAAAUUGCUCUCAGGCUCGCUUUGGAACCUUGUGCUCUCAUGCUCACUUCAAAACCUUGUGCAUCGCUUCUGCAAGAGAUUAGGUGAGGUAGUGGCCGAUAGAAAGGUGUAUGUCUUGUUAGAGAAUAGGAUGGUGAUAACAAGGUGCCGGUUUUGUUAUUGGAUGGUAGAGAGAAUGGUUUCAGAUAUUAAAGAGCAGGUUUCAAUGGGAUCAGUUGCAAAGGAGGAAGAGGAAUUUCUCAAGAGUACAUUGUUGCUGCGCAAGAAAGCAGUUGUCCUCAA